CGCGGCAGCCAGUGUGCAGCCGCGGGCCGGAGGCGCGGUUCCUAGGCCUUAGAGCGCGGCGAGGCCCCUGGAGAGUCGGCGCUGCUCGCGGAGAGCUGCGAGGCCCGCCCCUACGCGGCGCGGAGGGCGCGGAGGAUAUCCCUGGUGAUCUCAGAAGAGUCCGUAUCAUGGAAUCAAUCUCUAUGAUGGGAAGCCCCAAGAGCCUUAGCGAAACGUUUUUGCCUAAUGGCAUAAAUGGUAUCAAAGAUGCAAGGAAGGUCACUGUAGGUGUAAUUGGAAGUGGGGAUUUUGCUAAAUCCCUGACCAUUCGACUUAUUAGAUGUGGCUAUCAUGUGGUCAUAGGAAGCAGAAAUCCUAAGUUUGCUUCUGAAUUUUUUCCUCAUGUAGUAGAUGUUACUCACCAUGAAGAUGCUCUAAUAAAAACAAACAUAAUAUUUGUUGCUAUACAUAGAGAACAUUACACCUCCCUGUGGGACCUGAGACAUCUGCUUGUGGGUAAAAUCCUGAUUGAUGUGAGCAAUAACAUGAGGAUAAACCAAUACCCAGAAUCCAAUGCAGAAUAUUUGGCUUCAUUAUUCCCGGACUCCUUGAUUGUGAAAGGAUUUAAUGUUAUCUCAGCUUGGGCACUUCAGUUAGGACCAAAGGAUGCCAGCCGACAAGUUUAUAUAUGCAGCAACAAUAUUCAAGCUCGACAACAGGUUAUUGAACUUGCCCGUCAGUUGAAUUUCAUUCCCGUUGACUUGGGAUCAUUAUCAUCAGCCAGGGAGAUUGAAAAUUUACCCCUGCGACUAUUUACUCUCUGGAGAGGGCCAGUGGUGGUAGCCAUAAGCCUGGCCACGUUUUUCUUUCUUUAUUCUUUUGUCAGAGAUGUGAUUUAUCCAUAUAUUAGAAACCAGCAGAGUGACUUUUACAAGAUUCCUAUUGAAAUUGUGAAUAAAACCUUGCCCAUAGUUGCCAUUACUUUGCUGUCCCUGGUGUACCUGGCAGGUCUCCUGGCAGCUGCCUAUCAGCUUUAUUAUGGCACCAAGUAUAGGAGAUUUCCACCUUGGUUGGAGACCUGGUUACAGUGUAGAAAACAGCUAGGAUUACUAAGCUUUUUCUUCGCUUCAGUCCAUGUUGCCUACAGCCUCUGCUUACCAAUGAGAAGGUCAGAAAGAUACUUGUUUCUCAACAUGGCUUAUCAGCAGGUUCAUGCAAAUAUUGAAAACUCUUGGAACGAGGAAGAAGUUUGGAGAGUUGAAAUGUAUAUUUCCUUUGGUAUAAUGAGCCUUGGCUUACUUUCCCUCCUGGCGGUCACCUCCAUCCCUUCAGUGAGCAAUGCUUUAAACUGGAGGGAAUUCAGUUUCAUUCAGUCUACACUUGGCUAUGUUGCUCUGCUCAUAAGUACUUUCCAUGUUUUAAUUUAUGGAUGGAAACGAGCUUUUGAAGAAGAGUACUACAGAUUUUAUACACCGCCAAACUUUGUUCUUGCUCUUGUUUUGCCCUCAAUUGUAAUUCUGGGUAAGAUCAUUUUACUCCUUCCAUGUAUAAGCCAAAAGCUAAAGAGAAUUAAAAAAGGCUGGGAAAAGAGCCAAUUUCUAGAAGAAGGUAUUGGAGGAGCAGUUCCUCAUCUCUCACCAGAGAGGGUUACAGUAAUGUGAUGAUAAAUGGUGCUCCCUGAUGCCAUAUAAAGUUCUCCUCAUGCCAUUAUUUUUAUGACUUCCUUUAUCUUCAGUUGCAAGUGCACUGUCAAACUGCUAUGGGCUGAUACCUCUUCAGUGAAAUCUCAGCUGAAUUAGUGGUAGAAUUUUCUUCAAAUUUGUUUUCACUAAUGUCACAUUUUGCCAAUAUGAGUUUUUAUAGUCAACUUAUUGUUGAAAUGUAGGUAUGUUUUGUUUUGUUUUGUACAAUCGUAAGGCUAUUGUUAUUUUAACAAACUUUAUUCCAUAAUC